AUGUCGUCACAAAACUCAGCCGAAGAAGCCCCCAUCCAACUUCGAAAAAGGCGCUUCUUCCUGCUGAAAGCCCGAGCGCGGCUCCAGCAGUUCUCCCACUGCUGGAGCAGGGCACCUCACGCUACCCUCAAAAUGCUACAACGGGGUUUCCACUGGAAAUGGCUCAAAGAGCCUCCUCCUCUUCACAUCCCAAAACUAAAUUCUCCAGCUCUACCAGACCUGGAUCUAGAGAUCCAGGCACUCUUGCUAAAAGGUGCCGCAUACGAAGUUCCUCCACAACCAUGCUUCAUCUCCAGGAUUUUCCUGGUUCCAAAAUCAACAGGAGGCAACCGUCUCAUACUAGACCUCAGCUCCCUCAACAGCCAUAUUAUCGCUCCAUACUUCCACAUGCACAACCACCGAAGCCUGGCAGCAACUCUACAACCUCCUGCCUGGAUGGCUUCCAUAGACUUGCAGGAUGCUUACCUACAUGUUCCCAUCCGACAAUGUUUGCACAAGUAUCUUGCUUUCUCCUUCGGAACAAAGCUCUAUUUCUUCAAAACCCUACCAUUUGGUCUCAAUGUGGCACCUCACAUCUUCACCCGCAUCCUACGAUGGCCUCUUUCCCUCUUACACCUACAGGGAAUCAACAUCCACGCUUACCUCGACGACUGGGUUAUCUGGGACAAAACUUACGAGUUGACAGCGAAGGCCGUCAACACAACAAUCAAUCUCCUGAGGGACCUUGGCUUCCUCAUCAACAUCCCAAAGUCACACCUCCUACCAUCAACAGACCUAGAGUGGCUAGGAGUUCGCUGGCUACCCCUGCUCGGACGCUGGGCACUACCAAAGAACAAGCAAGUGGCCAUCCUUACAGCCAUCAAGCACAUCCUGUCUCAAAACCAGGUUUCGCGCCGGCAAUGGGAACAUCUCCUUGGCAAACUCACCUUUGCCACCCAAAUACUGCGGCACAACCAACCCUUGCUACAACCGCUCUUGCGCCCACAGAUGCUAUCAGACCACUUGCACCGGGACACGCUAAAGCCGCUCACUUCAGACUUAGCCAAGCAUCUUCAGCCGUGGUUACUCCCCGAGACACUGGCAAGUUCACACCUUUUCCACCACUCGGGAGACACGAUCCAUCUAUGGACCGAUGCUUCCCUUUUUCGGAUGGGGAGGUCACACUCUUGCUCAUCAGGCAUCAGGUAUUUGGGAUACAAACGAGUCAUCACUACACAUCAACUGUCUCGAAGUUCGAGCAGUCCUUCACUCAAUUUUGUCCCUCAACUUAACAGACUGCCAACUCCAUCUAUUCAUAGACAAUCAGGCAGCACAAUGUGCCAUAAACAAGUUAAGAUGCAAGUCAACUUCGCUGUUAAAAGAGAUCUCAAAUCUCAACAGAUACCUCUGUUCAUGCAAACUCCUCAUCAAAGCUUUCGGGAUCUCUACUCUUUUAAACUCAAGGGCAGACAGCCUGAGCCGACUAGCGACCACCUCAACCGAAUGGUCUCUCCCAGAACAAAUAUUCAAGUACAUUCUGACAUGGAGAGGGCCUCUAGAAUAGAUUUAAUGGCAAUGAACAAGAACAAGAAACUACCCCUAUACAUCUCCCCUUAUCCAGACCCGGAAGCUCUCACCUCAAAUGCGUUAGCCCAAGACUGGAACAGAUGGGAACAGAUUUAUAUCUUUCCACCAAAGUAG